AUGACAUACUCGUGGCUCCUUUGCUUGGCCUCUCUUGUGGCUCGGCUCUUGUCGGCUGGUGCCGCAGAUUGUGCGAGUUGCUCGUUCGCAUCGCCCGCUCUCACAAUCAACGACUUCUCUUCGGGUUCCGGUUAUAAACCUUUCGACAGUGAUUGUCUAACGCGGAAUGCGGACGGGUGUGUGGUUCGAGUGAUGACAUGCGCGUCAACCGUUCCCGGUUAUAUGUCUUCGAUGCGGUACAACGGUCCCGGCUUCAGCGGUAUCCUUAAUGCCAUCCCAUCGAAUACCAUCAAUUUGACAUGCAGCACCGACGGCGCUAUCUGGCAACUUCCCACAUACCCUGGCAGUCCCUAUAUUGCAAAUGUGACAAAGGUUGGAUGCCAGCCGGUCACCUGUGAGACCCAGCCAGCUCUGUGUGUGCCGGAGCCACCGACCACCCAACAAUCGCCAAUUUGGGGC